CCCUAACGGCCCUAACGGCCCCGCGUGCUCGAGCGCGUUCACGUGACGGCGCUGCCCGCCCAGGGGCCGCUUGGCGGGGCUGGGCCGCUGAGGAGAAGGCGGAGGCAGCGGCGGUGGCUGGUGCUGAGGAGAGCCACAGUAAGAGACAGAUAUGAAAUAUUUUUAACGGAAUUCCGCUCUUGAUCAAGCUGUUAAAAAUGGAUAUGAACAUUAUUUUUUCCUGUGAGUUCUUGAUAAAUGGACACUGACAUGGACUACGAAAGACCCAACGUUGAAACUAUCAAGUGUGUGGUGGUUGGAGAUAAUGCAGUGGGGAAGACUCGUCUAAUUUGUGCAAGAGCAUGCAAUACAACCUUGACUCAGUAUCAGCUGCUGGCAACUCACGUACCAACUGUCUGGGCCAUUGAUCAGUACCGUGUCUGCCAAGAGGUCCUUGAACGCUCACGAGAUGUUGUGGAUGAAGUGAGUGUUUCUCUCAGGCUGUGGGAUACAUUUGGGGACCACCACAAAGACAGGCGCUUUGCUUAUGGAAGGUCUGAUGUAGUUGUUCUGUGCUUUUCAAUUGCUAAUCCUAAUUCCCUGAAUCAUGUGAAAACGAUGUGGUAUCAAGAAAUCAAGCAUUUCUGUCCUCGCACACCUGUCAUUCUGGUGGGCUGCCAACUAGAUCUCCGCUAUGCAGAUCUUGAGGCUGUUAACAGAGCCAGACGGCCUUUGGCAAGGCCGAUCAAAAGAGGAGACAUUUUGCCACCAGAAAGAGGCAGAGAGGUUGCCAAGGAGCUUGGGAUACCAUAUUAUGAAACCAGUGUAUUUGACCAAUUUGGAAUUAAAGAUGUGUUUGACAAUGCAAUUAGGGCUGCCCUCAUCUCCAGAAGACACCUGCAGUUCUGGAAAUCUCAUUUGAAGAAGGUCCAAAAACCUUUGCUUCAGGCUCCAUUCCUACCUCCAAAAGCCCCUCCUCCAGUUAUCAAAAUUCCCGAAUGUCCGGUACCAAACAUGAACGAAGCUGGAUAUUUAUUGGAAAGCCCCCUGUGUGCAGACGUUAUGUUUGUUCUCCAGGAGCAGGACUACAUUUUUGCUCACAAGAUUUACCUAGCUACCUCCUCUUCAAAGUUUUAUGACCUUUUCUUAAUGGAAUGUGAGGGAAGUCCAGACUUGGAUGAAACACAGUGUAAAAAAGAAAAUACGAGUAAGGAUGUUUUGACAAGUCACCUUGAGACAAAUUAUGGCAGUGAAGAGACAUCCUUGAAAUCUGCUGAUGUUAUUAAAAUUCCUGCACCAGAAAGUACUGACUCUUUAAACACGCUUGAACCUGAACCUGGUGAAACAAAUUCUGCAGCAAGAUCUCUGUCAUCCUGGGGAAAAGGGUUUGUUAGUGUGCAUAAGGAAAUGCAAGUGAAUCCUGUCUCGAAUAGGAUGUGUCCUGUAACUGUGGUAAAAAUGGAUUCAUCUGUGCAGGCUGGACCUUUUAGAACUGUUCUGCAGUUUUUAUACACUGGGCAACUGGAUGAAAAUGAAAAAGAUCUCACAAGACUAGCUCAGAUUGCUGAGAUCUUGGAAGUAUUUGAUUUGCGAAUGAUGGUGGAGAAUAUUAUGAAUAAAGAAGCAUUCAUGAAUCAAGAGAUUACUAAAGCAUUUCAUGUCAGAAAAGCUAAUCGGAUAAAAGAGUGCCUUUGCAAAGGGACAUUUUCUGAUGUGACAUUUAAAUUGGAUGACGGGACCAUAAAUGCCCACAAGCCACUACUGAUCUGUAGCUGUGAAUGGAUGUCUGCUAUGUUUGGAGGAUCGUUUAUUGAAAGCUUGAACAGUGAGGUAGUUCUGCCCAACAUAAACAAGACUUCCAUGCAAGCAGUUUUAGAUUACUUGUACACCAAGCAGUUGUCCUCCAGUCAGGAACUGGACACACUUGAAUUAAUCGCAUUGGCAAAUAGGUUUUGCCUUCCUCACCUGGUUGCGUUAGCAGAACAGCAUGCAGUACAAGAGCUGACAAAAGCCUCAGUGAGUGGUGUUGCAAUAGAUGGAGAAGUACUGUCCUAUUUGGAAUUGGCUCAGUUUCACAAUGCUAACCAGCUGGCAGCAUGGUGCUUACACUACAUCUGCACCAAUUACAACAGUGUUUGUUCCAAAUUCCGCAAGGAAAUCAAAGCUAAAUCUUCAGAUAAUCAAGAAUAUUUUGAGAGGCAUCGCUGGCCACCUGUGUGGUAUUUAAAGGAAGAAGAUCACUACCAGCGAGUUAAGAAAGAAAGAGAAAAGGAAGAUGUUGCCCUGAAUAAACACCAUUCAAAGCGGAAGUGGUGCUUCUGGAAUUCCUCUGCUGUAGUUGCCUGAACAAAGCACAUAACUGGAAAUCCAUGGCCAGUGUCAGAAGUUAGUCUUAUUGUUAGAAAUAAGAUGUAGUUCAGGUUUUCAGGAAACUCUGUUCCACGUGUGCAUUUAUUAUUGCUAGGGUCAAAAGCACAAGCUCACUGAAAGUGAGCCUGGAACAGCUCCUCAAAGUCAUAUGUAUAUUUUUGGUUAGGAAGCAGAUAAAUGUCUACCAUUAUUACAUUUCUUUUUAUACAAAAAAAAAAAAAGAAAAAAAAAGAAAAAAAAAAAAAAGAAAAAAUCCAGCAUUAAUGUUUCAAUCUCCAAUUGGGAAAUAUUUUUAUACUGUCUAGUGUAUUUUGUUCAGAAAAAAUUCUGGAUAUCAUUUUAUUUUACAAACCACAAAAUAACCAUGUAGCAGCUUUGUAUUAGAUUUUAACUAUUUUUACUAUGCGAGUACAGUGAAAUAGACAAUCUUCAGUCAUAAGAGACAGCUUUUAGAGUAUCUCAUAAAAAGUCAUCUUAGGAAAAAAAUCUAGCUGCCUAGUAUAAGUUUUGUUUUUUAAAGUACUGUGCAUUGGUGAUAUAAUUAGGUCAUUAUUUUUCCUUUCUAAAGUAAAGGGGUAGAAUAAGAUCCAGUAACUGCAAGAUAUAGAGUGCUUGAUCUUUACGUAGCUGAAUAAUAGGCAGUAUAAUUACCCAUUCAACUGCAGGCAAAUGUAUUUCUGAUAUUUGCCAUGUAAGUGCAAAUAAUUAUGAAGAUGUGGGCCACGUGAAAUCUAGUGAUUCUAAGUAUUCAGAGGUUUUAAAUGUCUAGAUCAAAGAGGAUAUUUCUAAAACCAUUUAGAAGGGCUUAUUAAUUUAUAUCCUUAUAUUAGUAUGGAUCUGAAUACAAAAAGCAGUUAUACUGCUUGCAUUUGAAUUACUGCAUGGAAGUUACCUUGUUCGGUGAAAUCUUAACCAUGCAGCCACUCCUCAUGCCAAAUUCCAUUUUGCUUCAGUGCAAGCAAAUGAAAGGGCUGCAAAACCAAAUAAGAGUUAUCUAGUGUUAUAGCCUUUUGUAAGUGAGGAAUGAUCUUCACACACCAUCACUUCAGUUUAAUCCAAAUUGUUUUAUAACUUUUCCCAGAUAGAAUUCAAAGUGUUAGAUUAUUUUUAAGUAGGUCAUAUAUUUCCUCUGGAGACAGGUAUUCCCAGAAAGCUGGGGCAGAAUGAUGGAAUUCCACAUGAGUGAUGCAAAAAAGAAAAAGCCUCCAGAAUUUUCAAAUAUCUUGUGUGUUUAUGACUUCUUAUCAACCAUUGCUCUAAAGCUGCAGUAUUACACUAGAUUACAAAGGGAUGAGAGCAUUUUUAAAAGACCAAAACUAAAAUACAUAGACUGUAGGACAUACACAUGCAAUCCUGUACAGUGUCUCAGGCACAAUUCUGUAACCAAGGGUAGUACUGUGUCUGUUAAUAUUGUUUUGUGCUGGCAUCUCAGCAUACCACUGUGAAAAGCUGUUUGUUUUUUGUUUUGUUUUUCUAUAUUCAAAGGCAAGGCAGUACGGUCAAGCCCCUACACUGUAGGUCAGGAAAUGCUUUGGACCGAAAGCCAUAUAUCUCUCUACCUAUUUGAGUUCUGACCGGAGUAAUUCUUGGCAGAUGCUACUGCAGGGUGGUAGAAGCUGCCCAGCAUGGAAAGAGAUGUUGCUCUACAGACUUCUCUAAGGCAAGCGACAGAUUCCUACCCUGAUAAAGAUUUGUCACUAUAUGGUGAUAAAGAAGGGCUUUAAGUGACGGUUGCAAAUAUAGUCUCCUUAAUUCUUGGUCAGUGAAGAUGAAAAUUGUAGAGAAGAAAGACUGAGAAGAAAUGCAUCAGGACUAAGAUGAGAUAAGUAUUUGUUGUCAUGAAACAUUAGCUAGUCACGUUUUAAGUAUUGCUACUAGGUUUUACACAACCAAAGCUACUGUAUGAUUGUAAUCUUGCCAAACUAACGGAUAUAUAAAUGAACCUGAGGUAUAUGCAAUAAUAGCUAGUUGUGCUAGUUAUCAGCUACUAUAACCAAGUGGCUGGUUCAUUUGGUUAAUGCUGUCUAUGGCCUUUAAUCAUGGUGGUUAUUUUGUGUUUUUUAUUUUGCAAAAAAAAAGUCAAUAAAAUGGUUUAGUUACAACUUG